AAGUUAACCUUCAACUUCACAUAGUCUCUUCUGCCUUAACAAAUUGGUUGCAUCCUUUUGUCAACCACUUUCAAAGAUUGAAGGACCUAGAGUUAACCUUCAUCAUCACAGCAUCUUUGCUGCAUUUUUGGUCAGAGGAGUUUGCUGUGUUGGGUCAGAAAAAACAGGGUAUUUUGAAGAAAAAACUUGCUGGUAGCCAUUUGGGUUUGGUCGGAGUUUGUGGUGGUCUUUUUCCCUCAAAUCUCUCUCACACAAGCCCUCAAAGAUCAUGAAAGGCUCUAAUACUAUGUUGGGAUUUUUUAUCAAAGAAAAUGAAGAGGAGAUCGAAAGAAAUAUGAUGAAGAGCAGAACACAUAAAAUCGAGAUGACUUCAUUUGCUGUCAAAUUGCAGCCACAUUGCUGCCAUUUCAUGGCAGUUUCAUUUCAUCAUUUUUGCAAAUUUGAAUGCCACAAUUCUAACCAAAAUUCCAAUAGUAACAAAUCUCAAGUCUUCUCCGUGUUUGAGAAAUUUAAAGCCCUUGUUGAAAAACAAAGUGCAUGUCAACUCAAGACUCUCAGGUCAGACAAUGACAAGGAGUAUACCUCUUCUGAAUUUGAUAAGUUCUAUGAAGAUGCUAGUAUAGUUCAUCAAUUGAUAGUCCCAUACACUCCACAACAAAAUGGAGUUGCUGAAAGGAAGAAUAAGACUAUUAUGGUAAUGGCAAGAUGCAUAUUAUAUGAGAAGAAAUUGCCCAUGAACUUUUGGGUUGAGGCCGUGAAUACAGCAGUAUAUUUGCUGAAUGGACUCCCUACAAAAGCAAUAAAGGGAAUGACUCCAAUUGAAGUUGGAACCAAGCUAGAUGUAAAGGCAAAACCUGGUAUAUUUGUUAGGUAUGCUACAGAAUCCAAAUGCUAUAGAAUUUAUAACAUGGCAACCAAGAAAGUUAUUGUUCACAGAGAUGCUGAUCAAAAUUUAAUUGAUGAUUUAGAAGUUGCUGGUAUUGAUGCUUAUCAAGAUACUCCUGUACUGAAAAGCAGAAAGUUGUUAAGUAUUUAUGAGAAGUGUAAUAUGGCCAUGUUAGAACCAGGGGUUGACUAUGGUAACACUUUUGCUCCAGUUGCUAGACAUGAUACAAUCAACUUGUUGCUAGCCUUAUCUACAUGUAUGGGUUGGAAGCUGUACCAUAUGGAUGUUAAAAUUGACUCAUUUCUAGUGCAACAAGGUUUUGUUCGAAGUGAGAAUGAGCCAACUCUUUAUGUGAAAGUCUCCAAAGGUGAGUUUUCUACGCAAAUGACUGCUAAUCAUGAUGCUAAGUUGCUGAUUUCUUUGUAUGUUGAUGAUCUUUUAAUUACUGGAAGCAACUUACAAUCACUGCAAUAUUUUAAGUUUGAAAUGAUGAAGGAAUUCGAAAUGUCUGAUUUGGGACAAAUGAGCUACUUUCUUGGCAUGGAGAUAACUCAGAUGGAUGGUGGGAUUUUUGUUUCAUAUCAAAAAUAUGCUCUUAAUGUACUGAAGAAAUUCAACAUGGGGACGUGCAAGUUUGUUUAUACUCCACUUGUGCAAAAUGAAAAAAUGAUGAAUGAUGAUGGAAGUAACAAAGUUGAUGCUUCAAUUUUUAGAAGUCUGGUAGGAAGUCUUUUAUUUUUAACUACAACCAAACCUGAUCUUAUGUUCUCUGCUAGCCUCCUUUCAAGAUUUAUGCAUUCUCCAAGUCAAGUUCAUUACAAUGCAGCUAAAAGGGUUCUUAGAUACUUGAAGGAAAUUGCAGAUUAUGGCCUUAUGCUUAAGAAGAGCAAUGUUUGUGUUCUUAAAGGUUAUGCAGAUAGUGAUUGGGAUGUGGUGGCUCAAUCAACAGCUGAGAUCGAAUAUAUUGCAGCAGCUGAAGCAACUAAUCAUUCGACAUGGAUUUGCAAAAUGCUUACUAAUAUGGGCUAUAAACAAAUUCAACCUUGUGUUCUUUGUUGUGACAACAACUCAGCAAUUGCAAUUGCACAUAAUCCAAUGCAACAUGGCCGGACCAAGCACAUGAAUGUCAACUACCAUGUGCUUAGAAAUACGAUGCAGAACAAUGAAUUGAAAAUUGUCUACUAUAGUAUGAAAGAGCAAGUUGCUGAUAUACUGACCAAAGCUCAGCCAAGAGCUAAGUUUGAAAUGUUCAAAGAAAUGCUUGGAAUGUCUAAGAAAAAUUGCGAGGAGGAGUGAUGGAAGUGUGAAUUUUACUUAGAUACUCAUUAGCUAGUAUUUUAAUUAUAUUUAAUGUAUUGGAGGCAUGUGAUGUAAUUUGUCCUUUUGUAUUUUGGUAGAUAGUGGUCAAAGCCACUCAAGUUUGUUCAAUGUAAGAAGCAAGCUCCAUAUAUCAGUCAAUGAUAUCAGAGGAAGACGCAUAGUCAUGUCUUCCAAGUUUUCCCUCAAUUUCUCUUCUCUGUUUUCCUCUUACAGUGAGCUUUCUGUGCUUAUCUUCCUCUAAUCUCCAUCAAAUGUGUCUAAAUGGUUCUUGCAGGACAGGGAGAAGCAAACCAAUUAUGAUAGACAAAGAACCUUAUAAAUCCAUCCUAAGCUG